AGAGAGGACGGGCUGGGACCCCAGGGUUGGGACCCGUGGUGUGCAGCCAGUAGCAGCAGAGGCGCGGAGAGGAAGAAGCACGCGCCACCCGCAGCUCCGGACAGCCGAGCAGGGCUCAGCCAGACACCCCAAGAGCGCGCAGCCGCCCGCCAUGGAUCCCAAGGACCGCAAGAAGAUCCAGUUCUCUGUGCCCGCGCCCCCGAGCCAGCUCGACCCCCGACAGGUGGAGAUGAUCCGGCGCCGGAGACCAACCCCUGCCAUGCUGUUCCGGGUCUCAGAGCACUCCUCACCAGAGGAGGAGGCCUCUCCACAUCAGAGAACCUCUGGAGAGGGGCACCACCCAAAGUCGAAGAGACCCAACCCCUGUGCCUAUACUCCCCCGUCACUGAAAGCUGUGCAACACCUGCAGACCAUCAGCAACUUGAGUGAGAACCAGGCCUCGGAGGAAGAGGAUGAGUUAGGGGAGCUUCGGGAGCUCGGGUAUCCCCAGGAGGAUGACGAGGAGGAUGAGGAUGAAGAGGAGGAUGAAGAAGAAGACAGCCAGGCGGAGGUCCUGAAAGGCAGCAGGGGCAUUGUGGGGCAGAAGCCUACCUGUGGCCGGGGUCUGGAGGGGCCCUGGGAGCGCCCACCUCCUCUGGACGAGCCCCAGAGAGAUGGAAACUCUGAGGACCAAGUGGAAGGCAGAGCUACACUACGUGAGCCGGGAGAGGAACCUCUGCAUCCCAGCUCCCCUGAGCCUGGCACAUAAGCUCAGAGCCCUGUAUCUCCCAGGAGGAAGUGCUCCCCAGAAACCCACUCUGUCCCCCCCCCUUUGUACCCUGUCUUUCACCUGCUAGGGCUGCGGCUUCUGACUUUUAGAAGACUAAGGCUGGUCUCUGUUGGCUUUGGCUGAAGCCCAGAGUCCCCAAUGCCUUUCCCUGCCAGUCACUCUUCUGUUUACCCGGUGGGAGGGGGGAGGUGAGAGAGCCCACACUGGGAACCCCAGAAGGCCAUAAACAACCAUUCAUCCUCCACAAGUCCCCUCUCCAGAUUCUCUCCCCUGGGCACAGGAGACCCCCAGGGCAGGCCCUAAGGUCUGAGGAAAGGAGGUACUGAGAGCCUGCAGGUGCCCUGAGAUCUCCUCCAUCCCCUACCUGUGGUGGGCGUUGAGUCCCCAACCCUCUCAUAGACUUCAACCAGGGCCCAGGUUUCAAGCAUUCUUUGCAGAGCCUCAAGAUGUCCCUCCCUCAGUAUCCCAUUCCUGCUGGGUGCCUGCAAGAUGGACUGGCAGAGGCUGCUUGCUGCGUUUUGUUUGUGCUUUGGUGCCAGGAAUGCAUUUACUAUCUGUCCUUAGAGGGACCACACAGCGGGGGGAGCCUGGUUCUCCUUGUCCUCCAGCAACUUGGUUCCCUUCCCCUUCUUCCCUGACUCUAGGCCUGAACCCUUCCUACGCUGUAAUAAAUCUUUGUAAAUAAUU